AGUGUUUUCAGGCUGCAGAGAGAGAGGAGAGAGGAUCUCCGAGGGAAGAGGCGCAGCAGAGGAACCAGGAGGGGGAGGAGGAGGUGCGGAGGGUCUCCAACACCAGGGAAGGAGCAGGAAAACCAGGAGGAGCACAUCUGAGAGAAGGAGCAGGUGGAUUACCCUCUCCCACGGUGGAAAAUGGAGCUACCCGCCGCGGGAGAGCACGUCUUCGCGGUGGAGAGCAUCGAGAAGAAGCGCAGCCGAAAGGGGAGGGUCGAGUAUCUGGUCAAGUGGAGAGGAUGGUCUCCGAGGUACAACACGUGGGAGCCAGAGGAGAACAUCCUGGACCCCAGGCUGCUCGAUGCUUUCCAGGACAGGGAACGUCAGGAGCAGCUGAUGGGGUUCCGCAAGAGAGGACCCAAACCAAAGCACCUGCUCGUCCAGGUGCCAUCUUUUGCCAGGAGGUCCAACGUUCUGGCUGAUCUUCAGGAGGAAGACGACGGCUGUCAGAAGUCUGGCCCCAUCCAGAUGCUUCGUCCCCAGGCCCAACAGUACCAGCUGAACAGCAAGAAGCACCACCAGUACCAGCCACUGUGCCGUGAGCGAGAGGCCGAGCAGCAGGCCAACGGCAAGAAGUUGUACUAUCAGCUCAACAGCAAGAAGCACCACCACUACCAGCCGGACCUCAAGGUGCACGAGCCCGCGUUCGCCAAACCCCGAGAGGUCAAAGCUCCAGAGCUGGAUAACAAAAGCUACAACCUGCCGCCGGUGCUGCAGCAGAAGUGGGUGCGGGACAAAGACUCUGGCUGCCUCACUAAAGUGAAGGACAUCACCAUGGAGCUGAAGAAGCUCCCAGCAAACCUUAACGGGCACAAAGAGCCGGAGACGGUCAAGACUAAAGAGGACGCUUCGGCUCAGGCCAACGGCGUCGGUGGCAGCAAGCUGAAGAUCGUCAAGAACAAAAACAAGAACGGGCGUAUUGUUAUCGUCAUGAGCAAGUACAUGGAGAACGGCAUGCAGGCGGCGAAAAGUAAAAACGGCAGCCCUGAAGCUGCCGAGAGGUCACCGCAAGGAAUGGAGAAGCACCUCACCAAGAUGAAGCUCGUCAAAAAGCUCGGCCUCGUAAAUGCGUUCGCCAAACGUCCCGCAGACAAACCUGCUGUUCUGAGCUCUGGGUUAAACGGAGACUCGCCCAAAAUUAAGGAACAGCCCCAGAGUGAGCAGACUAAACAAGACGAACAUGAUGAGGUCAGGGACGGGGAGCAACCUCCAGAGGCUCAGCCGUUACAGCUGACCAGCAAACCCAACCUGCCGUCAUCCGAAGACAGAGGAAGUCCAGCAGGAUCUCAUGGACCAAAGCGACCGUUCUCUGACACCGAGAGCGAGGAACGUGGCGGUGGCAAGAGGUUUUUGAGUUGCAGCGGCUCCGCCGUGGUUUCCUCGCCCUCCCAAAGUGUCAGCGUUGACCAAAACGGACACCAGAGUCCCGCAGGACUGCCGGACUGCGGCUACGCAGAGCAGGAGGAGCCCAUGGACCUGAGCAUCGUCAAGUGCAGGCCGUCGCAUUGCUCCGCGACACAAGCAGAGGCGCCGACUCUUCCACACACCGAGACACAAACACAGACGCACACACACACAGAACCUCGGACGGAAACACACGAACCCCCGAAGGAUUCUGUUUUGAAGCACAAAGCGAGAAAAGACGACUCUUUUCCGUCUUUUCAGCCUUUCCUGGGGAACAUCGUCAUCACGGACAUCACUGCAAACUGCCUCACCGUUACCUUUAAGGAAUACGUCGCAGCGUAACGACAGCUGGAGGACGUCCGUCUUUGUACUUUGGGAUGCUUGAAUGUACAACUGAAGCUUUGGUGUUUUCAUUUUUAAAGCUAAGAUCUUGUUUUUUUUAUUUUAAAGUACUCCUUUAUAACAAAAUUUGCAUAUUUCUACAUUAUGAACCCAACGUGUUUAAAUAUUUGUGAAGAUUUUAACCAAUGCUGUAUUUAAUUUAACUUUUUCUAACUUAGUUCAAACAUUAGUGUUGGGUUAAAUACAACCUUAA